UCGCGCGGCGCCAAAACACCAGUCCGCCAUGUCUCCCUUGCUUCUCCUUCUCCUGGCUCUAGCCCUCCCCCUAGCGCUAGCCACGCCGGGGUCGGCGUCGGGGGUCCAGGAGGACGACGUACGGUGCCUACGCGGCGUCAAGAGCGGUCUCAAGGACCCCGACGGCCGCCUCUCGUCGUGGACCUUCGGCAACACCUCGUCGGGCGCCGUCUGCGACUUCCCCGGAAUCACCUGCUGGAACCCGCAGGAGUCGCGCGUCCUCGGGCUCUCGCUCGCCGGCUUCGGCGUCCAGGGCACCGUCCCCUCCGCGCUCAAAUACUGCCGGUCCACCAACAUUCUCGACCUCUCGAAGAACGCGCUCGAGGGGCCGAUCCCGCCCGCGCUCUGCGACUGGCUCCCCUACCUCGUCGUCCUCGACCUCUCCGGCAACCGCUUCUCCGGGCCGCUCCCCUCCGAGCUCGCCAACUGCCGCUACCUCAACUCCCUCAAGCUCAGCCACAACAACUUCUCCGGCCAGAUCCCCGCGUCUCUCUCGCGGCUGGAACGGCUCAAGACGCUCGACCUCUCUGAGAACCGGCUCGACGGCCAGAUCCCGCCCCAGCUCGGCGCGACAUUCCCCAAGGAGUCCUUCUCCGGGAACCCGGGCCUGUGUGGACGCCCUGUGUCCUCGUACUGCGGCCGCGAUUAGCAGUUGGACAAGCAAAUUUAAACAUAGACAUGAGUUAGCAUAUGUUGUACAAUCACCGAUAAAUGUGCUAAGUCGUUGGAUCAGACUCCUAUGUAAUACAUCACGCGAGAAGUAAGGUGGUUCGAGGGACGA